AUGUACGACGACGAGUGGAACCGACUGACUCCCGAAGAACAGCACGAAAGGCGAAGGGAGCACGGAACAUGGCCCGCCAGAUUCCUCAAAGCCCUCCGGUUCGAAUUACACAAGAAGCAGUCCCCGGAGCAGAGAAUGGGUGCCACCGGCGAGCUCACCCGCCGCCGCCGUAUCCAGCUUCACUUCCUGGAACUGUACUUUUCUCCAGCCAUGGUCGCGAGGAUACGACCACACUUUCAACACUUUGCCGAGUACCAGCUGUCACUCUCUAGAUAUGUCCGGUACCGUUGUCAAGACAUGCUGCCCGGUGAGUUUUGGAACUUGCCGGCCAACUCGCCGAGCAGAAUGACGAAAGCCCGGCUUCUGCUUGUCAUCAGCCUGGUCUUCCAUCCGGAUGUCAGCGCUCAGAUUGCUUCCAACAUUGAAGAGUUCGAUGAAAUUGCAGGUAUCGAGUGUACGGAAGCAUUCAUUGGCGAGACUGCUUUGCGGGAUUGGUUGAAGUACCUGCUUGACUACACCCUGUCAGGGCUGGCUGGCGCAGGUUGUCCCUUUCUCAGAUAUGAUAAAGCAGCGUGGUCUAGUACUGACGAUGAGGGGAAUCCUAAGGAGCUACACCCGGGACCUCAUCCGGACUUUCUCAAGUUUAUCAGGCCAAUCGAUGUUGAGCAGAUAAACUUGAAAGGCAAAAACAUUCUUGAGGCAUGGAGGAGUCAUCCAGUCACACGAUCUCUGAGCCGCCUCAAAGACGGGCAGGAUGAGUUGCGACACGACCCGGCUAACUUGGGGCAAGCAUGGACGCCCGCAACAUCAGGCAACAACUGCGUAUACACCAGUACAAACGAGCAUUUCCUACGCGAGACAUGGCACCGACCUUUCAUUCCCUUGAACAGAGAAAUCGAAGAAAACCAGAUGACGCCCAGAUUUGUCGACGGUGCUAUCACAAGAUUUAGCCCUCUCCGAGAGUACCUCUGGACAGCCUUCCGAACGCACAUGAUAUCUCUAAAACCACCAGUAGAAGAGCUCCCGCACCUCAGAGCCCCAUGGACUGCCCGAGAUCGAAAACCCUACCGAGGGGUGUUGUUGACCCAGUACUACAGCACUCAGCCUGCGCCAGCGGAGCUGUCCCACUACAUUGUCCCCGAGGGCCAGGAGACUGCCUGGGGGGACUUGUCGCUUAACCAUUGGGUCGGAAAUGCUAAGGCUUGGGAUCAUUAUCACCAGAUACACGGCCGGGGCCAUCGCGAGUGGCCUCAUGUGGUUCAUCACCGUCUGUUGAGAACGUAUUUCUCGCCCGGUGUCGUCGCCAACGUCGAGAAGGGUACGACCCGCAAUGAGUCGCGAGGCGCCUUUCUUAGACUUGUACAAUACCACGCGGUUCGCGCCAUGAGCUACAAUGUGGCCACGAUGCCGGCGGAGAACAUCCGCAGCUUCAACCUCGCCAUCCGUCCUGUGUUCCACGCAACCAUCUCGGCUAGGAUCGCGGCCAACCUGACCGGUUUCGACAGCAUCGCUGGCAUUGAGUGCGCCGAUGAUUUCAUCACCUGGAGAACGGUUGGCCACUGGGUCGAGUGCUUCACCGAGACGUUCCUCGCCUCUACUCCGACUCAAUUCACCCAGUCGUCGGUGAGCUCUGACCCAUCGGCAUAUGGCCAGUCCUCGUCGGCUGCGACGUCAGUCGGAACUUCCCCGAAACAUGGUCGAUACGGCAUGGGACAACUCGAUGGUGCUGGCGACGAUAGCCGACGACAACAGAUUCCCACCACCUCUCUUCUCGAUAUUCCUUCUUCCCCUGUCGAGCAAGUGACGUUGAGAGGUCCGACCCUCGUGCAGGCUUGGCUCGAUAAUCCAGUGACAAGACGCCUCAGUCAGAAAGGACCCGAUUCUGGUGCGCUGGCCCACGACCCCAUGAACCUUGAUUCGCGAUGGACUCCUGCCACUGCAGGACACAACUAUGUCUACCACGGCACGUCAUGCACCACAGAGAGUUUCACCAGCCAGUUCAACAACAGACCCUUCAAUGCCCUCGAGGCUCGUCGGAAUACCAACCAGAUGUCCAUUCCCGUGAUUGGCGUCAUUUUUACCGCCUUCAGUCCUUUGAGGAGCUUUCUCUGGGGAGCUUUUCAGGGCGCAGCGGAUGCAAUGGCUCCGUCAGCCACCAGCUUUGGUCAUGCAGACGAAGUUUGGUCUUGCGGUGGUCGCAGAUUCAAGGGCGUUCCUCUUUUCCAGUUUUCUGCGCAGCAGCCCGCGCCCAGCAACCUCUCCUAUCACAUCAUUCCAGAAGACCAAGCGGAGAAGUGGGGUAAAGAUUCGCUGGGGCACGCUCACCAGAAGAACGACAAAAGCAUUCUCCUGACCAAGCUCUGGCCUCAGUACACAAAGUUCCACGGACAGAAGGGCGACCGCGAGUGGCCGGACAUCGUCCACGGGGUGGAGUAUGGAAAGCAGAAGGAUGCUCUGCAGCCCUUCCAUACCAACAUGUGGCGCGCCAUCUGGAAGCAAGGUCCUGCCGUGGAGCAUCUUAAUGCUAAUCACAGGGCGACUUUCGCCAUUACCGUCGAGCUUGUGCCCGGCACCAAGCCGGAUUCCUCUUCUAAAGGAGAGUCGUCGACGAAGAAACCGCCCCCCAAGGACGACGACGAUGAUCAUGACCAGCCCAAGGGCAAGAAGAAGAAGGAUCGCUUUAAGACGCUGCGAGGCCUGAGGCAGAAGGCUUCAGAGUCCGACUUGGGCAAACGGUUCAAGGCGUGGUCAAACCGAUCCACGGACUAA